AUGUUCGCCUUCACAGCCUCGCGCCGCCAGGUCGCCACCUACCUGUUUGGCGUCGCCCUGUUCAGCAUCUCCUUCCUGGUCUUCCUCAACAGCACCGUCUCCUUCGUCAUCACCGAUCGCAUCGGCCGCAAACAUGGCGUCGGCGAUGCCGUUGGCACCCUGGGCUUUGCCGACGAGCUGGUUGCUCUUGUUGGCUGCCCGCUGUGGGGCAUGGUCAGCGACCGCGUCGGCGUCGCCAAGGUCGCCGUCGUGGGCUAUGCCAUCGUCGCAUUGAGCCUGUUCCUCUUCGUCCAGGCCUCCAAUGUCUACCCGCAGUUGCUGCUGGGCCGCCUGCUGUUCGCCCUGGGCGCUUCGGCAACAACCACCAUGGUGACUGCUGUCCUGCCCGCCAUGACCCAUGUCGCGAGCCGCCCCCCAGAGCCAGACUUGUUGUCGCCCAGCAGAGGCCCCAACGGACAUAAUAUCGCGCCCUCGAUAUCGUCCGAGCUGACCAUCACCCCUGCCCGCCUCAAUUCCUCCGCCUCCUCGCACCCUCCCAUCCGCACCACCCCGGGAAACUCUGCCGCUUCCACCUCCAACCUGGCAGGCCUCGUCGGCAUGUUUACCGGGCUCGGUGCCCUCCUUGCUCUCGGCGUCUUCUUGCCUCUGCCAGCCCGAUUCCAGAAGAGCGGCAUCGAACCCAGCAAAGCAGUCGAAUACUCAUUCUACGUAGUUGGGUCCGUGGCGUUCGUCGUCGCCUUUGCAUGUAUGCUUGGCUUGCGGAACCUGCCGGGAGAAGAGAACAAGGGCUGGCGCAACUUGUUCGCCGUCAAAGAGAAGGAUGAAUCCACUUCUGGGCCGAUGCUUCCCUAUCCGCGCCUGUUGCUGAACUCUCUGGCUCUGGGCCUGAGAGACACUAACAUCGGCCUGGGUUAUCUGGGAGGAUUCGUUGCACGCGCGUCUUCUGUCGCUAUUUCCUUAUUCAUUCCCCUGUUUGCCAAUGCCUACUUCAUUGAACACGGCUACUGCAAACCCGGGGAUGGGAAGACUUCGGACGACGUGAAAAGGAAUUGCCGGCGGGCUUACCUGGUAGCCUCCGCGUUGACAGGCACUUCGCAGCUGGUAGCCCUGCUCUGUGCCCCUCUAUUUGGCUAUCUGGCUGGCCGCUACAAGAAGCACAACCAGCCAUUGAUACUUGCAACUGUUUCGGGUAUUGCGGGCUACAUAGCCUUUGGCCUGCUAAAAAGCCCGGAUCCACAGUCCGAAGAUGGGAGUGCUGGCGUUUUCUUGAUCGUCGCGCUCCUCGGCAUCAGUCAGAUUGGCGCGAUCGUGUGCAGCCUGGGGUUGCUCGGCCGCGGCAUCCAGGGUGAUGAGGCGGACAUAGAUGCCGCCGACGAGCAAGAAGAACAGUCUUCCGGAUUCAAUGUUGGCACGCACAUCCAGAGCGCGCCUCCUAGCGGCUACCGGCAUGCGGCGCAACACCUAGACCCAGAAGCAACGCCGGUUCCUUCUUCCCCCAACAUCGCCUCACCGCGUGAUCCUCUGCUCGGCGGCGGUACCUCCGCAACAUCCACCCCUCCGCACCGCCCUCUCGGCACCCGCAACAGCAGCGGCGGCAGUAACAAUGCCGGCAGCGCCGGCGGUGGCGCUUAUUCAGAAUCCUCCCCGCUCCUCCCUUCGCACUUCCGCCGCCUGCCGCCGUCGGGCCUUGCGUCGAACCGCACCCACCUGAAGGGCUCCAUCGCCGGCGUGUACAGCCUCGCGGGCGGCGCGGGCAUCCUGAUCCUGACGAAACUGGGUGGCCUAAUGUUCGAUCGCCUCGAUCCUGGCGCGCCGUUCUUCGUCAUGGCUGCUUUCAACGCCAUUCUGUUGGCCGCGGUCGUGGCGAAUGGGUUGAGGAAAGCCGUCAGGGGGUGGAGAACGAGGGUUGUCAUGCCGUGA